AUGCUGGCAAGUUGCUGGCAGCAUCCUCCGUCCUAGUAAACGUCGUCAUCUCUUGGUGGCGCCUUCUCAAAGACAGAAAGACGAAAGACCUAGCGAAAGACACACAUGGGGUGAUUUACGGCUGCUGGUGGGUUGUUGUGCUGCGGUACUGGUCUAUAACAGUCAAGUUCUCGGCCGGCGCUCGACACCCGCGGGCCGUUCCUUUUGUCAGUCUUCAGAGGCCCCGUCCGAGAGAAAGGAAGAGCACGGCCGAUGCUAAUUCACCGCUAGCCCACCAUGGAUAAGGACGUGCGGGUCAUCCUGCGCCGGGUCAUCAUCGACUGCCUCAUUUUAGGAUCAGUGGCCUUGCCGUUAUUGAUUUUCAAAAUAUGGGGCACGCCGUACAAGCGCGGGUUCUUCUGCAACGACGAGUCCCUCAAGCACCCCUUCAAAGACUCGACGGUGACCUCUGAGAUGCUCUACGUCACCGGUUUUGCCGUGCCGAUCGCUAUAUUCCUCGCCACCGAGUUCCGUCACCACCAUGGCACCCGCUCCAUCGGCUCCAAGCCGGUGCCUCUGUGGGUUUGGGAGAGUUACAAAAUCAUCGGAAUCUUUUUGUUCGGCGCCGCAUGCUCGCAACUGACUACUGACAUUGCCAAGUACACCAUUGGCAGACUACGGCCGCACUUCUUCGACAUCUGUCAGCCCGACAUUGACUGCAACUUGGCUGAGAAUAAGCAUGUGUACCACGAGGCCUUUGUCUGCACAAACAGACAGGUCAGCGCCUUCCGACUCAAGGAAAUUCGUCUCUCCUUCUUAUCGGGACACUCGUCCUUCUCCGCCUACACAAUGGUCUUCCUAGUGAUGUAUUUGCAAAUGCGAUGGAAUCGACGGUUUUCGACUCUGCUGCGCCACUUUCUUCAAUUUUUGGCGCUCACCAUGGCCUGGUACACUGCCUUGACCAGGGUGUCCGACUACAAACACCACUGGAGUGACUGCCUUGCAGGGUCCGCACAAGGAGCUCUUGUGGCCAUCCUAAUUGUGACGUGUGUGUCUGGCCUGACGAAGAAGAGGCCGAAUCUCGACUCAAGCGGCAGCCUGCCGAUGGUCCAGCCGGGCACCAACAGCUCCAUAGACACCUGACAGACGAUAAAGGGAAACGGCAGCAUUUUUUAAAACAAAACAUCAAUGAACAUUAAGAACAAGUCUUAAUUAACUCCAGCAGAUUUUAAUAUUAGAAAGGGAUACAAGUGAAAGAGAUUUUAAAUAAUAUUUUUCUUUUAUUGUUAACUAAAGCAAGGCCUUAAAUCCACUCCGGACUAAAUUAUAAUUAAAUAAUUGUUAAAUAAAAAGAACUUGUUGAAUAGCGAUUAUAUAUGAUGAUAUUAAUAAAGAGGCAGCGAUAUAUUCUAUUGA